AUGGCCUCUCAUUCAUAUUCUGCGCAACCGCCGGCACGCUGGAGUAGCUCUUCUUUUUUAAGUAGCGGCCUCUCUGUCGAUUCUGAGACCCCGCCGCCUCCUCCCCCAAAGCCCGACAGUCACGAAGCAAGCCGACGAAGUACCCCCUUGGCUGGAGGGCUUCCUUUGCCUCGGUCUUCCCCGACGACUCAAUCUCAGGAAUCCCAUUAUUCAGCGGAGACUCUCUUAGCAACAAAUCCCUCUGCUCGGGCAUAUGCAUCAGAGGUACCCCAAACCUUAGCGGAGCCUCCGCGCCUGGAAGACGAAUGGCUACCAGACAUCGUCAAGAAUAAAACAACCCUCGAGCUACAAUCCAUCCUAUCGAAUCCUACUCUUCUUUCCGCAUUAUCUACCUUGCACCAUUCGUACCCGGCAUCUCAACGAGUUCUCCAAGCACACCUCGACAACAACAAAGCAUUAGCGCAACAUGUACUAGACCUAGAAUCGCGAUUGUCAAGUCUACGCGCAACCACGGAAUCUCUCCUCCUAAACCAUCAAUCCCUCGAAGUAUCGUGGCGGAAGAAGCAGGCGGAAAUGGAUGCUGCCUUGGAGCCUUGGUCUCCAAAGGCGCUUUAUCAGCGUCUUGCCGCGGCUGUCGCCGAACAGGAGGCUAUUUGCCAUGCGGUAGAGGAGAGUUUCCUUGAAGGUGAUCAUCACUUGGGUCGCGCCACGGAUAAAGAGGUGUCAGAUUGGGUACGACGAAUCCGCACUGAGGGUGCCAAGUUAGAAUCUAGGAAGGAAGCGAGGGCACGAUGGGAUGAAGGAAGAGUUGGAGGAUGGCGUUAA